UUUGAUAGAUGACCUAUUUAAUUUGACAUGAGCAUCAUGGAAAAAUCCCACAAAACUAAUAAAAUAAUCCCAGCAUUAGUGUUUAAGUUAUGUGCAAAUUUGCAUUUCAAUGUAGGCAGAUAUAAAUGUGGGAACCAAUGUGCAGUGGCUUCCCUGCUCAUAGAUGAGAUCAUAGUCUCACACCAUGCAAUUCGACGGUAAUGAACCAUGACAAUCGAGUGGUCGACGGAAACGGAUCGAGAUGGCAUCUUCCGUGUUCAACGUCGAAAAAAAACCAUCCUCCUAUGAGCCAUACAAUUUUUCGCUUCCAGACAAAUUUCAAAAAAUGGCUCUGGAAGAACUUCGUGAGGAGGACGAUAUCCGCCAACAAUCGUUGUGUCAGAUGAGAGAAUGGAUUACCAAGCAUCCUUACAUCAGAAAAUGCCGGACAGAUGCUCCAUUUUUGCUGAGAUUUCUGCGAUUUAGGAAAUUCUCGGUACCGCAAGCCCAGGAAGCACUGGAACGAUAUCUGGCAAUGCGACAGACUUUUCCGGAAUGGUUUCAGAAGCUGGACCCACGCGACGAGUUCAUGCAGAUUCCAAUGAAUGAUGAGGUGUACACCGUUUUGGGACGAGAUGAAACAGGACGGACGGUGGUCUUCAUUCGCUACGGACUGUUCGAUGUGGAAAGAUUGAACCCAAUGGCAAUAUUUCGUUACACGAUGAUGUUUAUUGAACUGAUGCUGGACGAUGAGGAGUUUCAGAUUGGUGGCUUCAGAGUUUGGGUGGAUUACACCGAAAGUGUUAUGAAGCAUUAUGGGAUGUGGGGCAUUAACGAACUAAAACUGCUAAUGGAUGCCGUCAACAAGACCAUGCCAAUCCGGAUUCGGGAGAUCCAAGGGGCUAAACUGCCAAAGUUUGCUAUCACGUUGGCUAAUUUGUUAUUAUCGUUCGCCAAUUCCAAAUUCAGGGAUCGAGUAUCGUGCCACGCCUCGGUGUUGGAAUCGAAGAAAUAUUUUGACCAAACACUGUGGCCUAAGCAAUACGGUGGAGUCCAUGAUACAACGGAGAGCGCUAAGAAUUUGAGGGACAUGUUCGAGGAGAAACGCGAAAAAAUUCUGGCUUUGGAUGACAUGGAAAUCGACAUUGAGCACUAUAAAUCGCUUUGGGGACAAUCAAAUCAAAAUCCAGAUAGUGACAUUGAUGGUGGCAUUGCCGGAUGUUUUAGGAAGCUUAAUGUUGAUUAAAUUAUUCAAGCACCAAGGUCGAUCGUAUUUCAUUAAUUUCUCUCAUGAAAACUAACGUAUAAACGAUCUUGAUAUGUUCAAUCAAACAAAUGAUAAAUGAUGAUUUAAUCUAUAAAAUAUAUUGUACAUAAUAACAUAUUAGUUAUAUGUGAU